AUGCUAACAACGAAUUCGUUAAAGCAAGAUUUACAGCAUACAAAUCAGUAUAUAAAUAGCUUAGCUCUAGGAGCGUUAACAAACGGGUCCCCUAUAGAGGUUGUUAGAUCUCUUAUACCUGAAGUUGAAGGUCUUCUACGAUGCAGCAAUCCCUUUAUUAGAAAGAAAGCAGCACUUGCUGCAGCAGCAAGCGUUAGAAGGAUAGGUGCUGAAGCUGCUGCUGCUCUGCUGCCUACCUUGCCGCUGCUCUGUAACGAUAAGUCGCACGGAGUGCUGCUUGGUGCAUGUGCUCUUAUCUUCGCUAUGUAUGAUACGCAGCAGCAGCAUGUCCUGCAGCAGCAGCAGCUGCAGCAGCUGCUGCCGCCACUUGCUAAAGCACUUAGAGCAUGCAGCAGCCCCACACAUCCACAGACAGCAGAAUAUGAUAUCGCUGGGAUCGUCGAUCCCCUCCUCCAAGCCAGACUUCUUAGAGCAAUUGCCUUACUCGCACAAGAAGACAUAGGUCUGACUGCAGGUAUAACAGAGUUGCUGGCUCACAUUGCAACCAACACAGAUGCUUCAAAAAAUGCCGGGAACUCGGUCUUGUUUGAAUGCGUACGCAGUAUUCUCGCUCUACAGACUGAUCAAGGUCUGCGCGUAUUGGCUGUGAAUAUUUUAAGCCGGUUUCUCUCGUCUAGAGAACCAAAUUUAAAAUAUGUGGCGAUCGAUUUGCUGCAGCAGCUGCUGCGACAAAAUCCUGCAGCUGUUAGCCGUCAUAGAGAUACUCUUCUUGAGUGUCUUAAGGAUGCAGACAGCUCGAUACGACGGCGGUCGCUGGAGGUGCUGCUGGCUGUGCUGAGCGUUGAAAAUAUCUGCACAUUGGGCAGAGAGCUGCUUUCUUUUUUAUUUGUUUGUGAAAAAGAAUUAAAACCAUUUGCUGCUGACCGUCUUGCUGCUGCUGCAGCAAUGCAUGCGCCUAACAGACGCUGGCAGUUUGAUGCUACAGUAAAACUCUUAUCUCUUGCAGGUAAUCAUGUAGAAGCAUCUGUCGGGUUCAAGCUGCUGCAAUUAAUUUCAAGGUCGGCUGAAUUGCAGCCCUACGCCGUGCACAAAUUAUUUUUUUGUCUUCGAGACGGCAGCGCAAAUAACCCAGUGCUAGCGAAGACGGCGUUAUACUGCGUGGGGGAGUUUGGGGAGAUGUUGGUUGCAGAGGACAAAUCACAUCUGCUAGUUAAGCAGCAACAGCAGCAGCAGCAGCUGCUGCUGCAGCAGCAGCAGCAGCAACAGCAGCCGCAGGAUCCUGCAGCUGCUGCACUUGCAUUAACUGCAACUGAUGUUGUCGACACGCUGCAGCAAAUCUGCAUCGGGGUGAAGGGAGGACACCUCAAGGGAACGAAGAAUGCAGCAACAACAUCAGCAGCAGCAGCUGCUGCUGCUGCAGCAGCAGCAAACGGAUCCUCUGGGGUUGCGGAGUGUCUCGUUACAUGCCUAGCGAAACUCGCCGUCAAACUACCCGAGCAGCGGGACCGGCUGGUGCAGCUGCUGCAGCCCUUCACCAGCAGCAGCAACCUGGAGGUGCAGCAGCGCAGCACGGAGUAUGCAGCGCUGCUGCAGUCAGACGAAUGGCAGCCUGAGGACUUAGCAGCUAUUUUCGCUCGCAUGCCGGUGCAGCAGCAGCAGCAGCAGCAGCAGCAGCAGCAAGAGAAGCCCAUUGGAGAGGUGUACUUUGACCUCGCAGACCUCCCUCCAGAGCCUGAAUCAGCAGCAGCAGCAGAUAUAUCUUCUUCAGGUGUCUCUACAGCUCCGCAGCAGCAGCAAACUGCAAACGGCACCACAGGGGCGCAUUUGUUGGAGCUUGACGAUCUCCUAGGCCUCUCCGCCUCUCCCUCAGCUGCUCAGCCUGCUGCUGCUGCUGCUCCCAGCAGCAGCAGCAGCAGCAGCAACGGUGGCGGAGGUUUGGAUUUGCUGGCGGAUUUACUGGCGGGGGCCUCCGUAUCUUCUCCUACGGGUAACCACAAUGCAGCAGCAGCAGCAGCACCAGCAGCAGCAGCAGCAGCACCAGCAGCAACGGCAGCAGCAGGAGCUCCUACGGCGUCAGCGGACCCUUUUGCUGGCCUUAUAGACCUCGCAAACCCUUUGUCAGCAGCAGCAGCACCUGCACCAGCAGCACCAGCAGCACCAGCAGCAACAGCAGCAAACACCUCUCCUACAGGCAUGAUAGGCCAAGUGGAGCCUCUGUCUUCUUUGUUGGAGUCAUCGAUCCGCCCGCUUAGCCCUUCAGCAGCAGCAGUAGCAGCAGCACCAGCAGCAACAGUAGGUGCAGCAGCAGCGGGAGACGUCUCUUCGUCUCCGCUUGCGGUUGCUUUGAGUUCAACCGCGAUGAGCCCGCCUUCCCCAGCAGCAGCAGCAGCAGGAGCAGCAGGAGGAGCAGCAGGAGGAGCAGCAGAUGGACCAGCAGUAGCAACUGUAGGGCCUGGAGGUGUUGCUGCGGUGCAGGUUCUAAAUGAAGAGGGCCUCGUAAUAAUGCUUGAGUGCUGCGCAGCAGGGAUAGGGGCGUGUGAAGUGGUUGCAACGUUUGCUGCUGCUGCUGCUGCUGGCAGCACACCGCUGCAGCAGUUUCGCUUCGAAGCUGCUGUUCCUAAAUACCUUCAGCUGCAGCUGGAGCCCCCAUCUGCAACAGAAGUCACCCCGGGGGGCCCUCCAGUGCGGCAGCGCCUCAGGAUAACCUCUGCCCCAGCAGCAGCAGCAGCAGCAGCAGGAACAAGCCAGCAGGAUAAGCCGCUGCUGCUUAAGUGCAGGGUUACCUAUAUAAAAGACAGCCAGAUUGUACAGAAGAGCACAAAGGUUGCGUCUUUCCCUUCAUCUAUGUUGGGCUCUUAA